AACCUGACCCCCGAGGCUCUCAGUGAGAAGAGGCACUUCAACGUGAAAGGGGGCCGGGUACUUUCUUUCCACUGUCGCUGAUAUAACUGCAAGACUGGAAUUACUCAGCAUUAUUAAACACCCUGUACGGUGAAGCUUUAACCCGCUUCUGAAGGAGACGCAAACCUGCCGCUCUGACGUCGACCUUUACCAGCGGAAAGCCGUUAGCUCUGGUUGCUAACGUAAGCUAGCCAAGUUAGCUUCGGUUUUCCACGCAGCUGACCUCCACCACAACACACAGACUACACACUAGGUCGGGGGUCGUUUCCCCACCCACUCUGUUUUCUUCACGUCCCCCGUGUUGGUGACCAGUGGACGGUUCCCGAAUAUGAUCCAGAAUGAGUCAAAGAGACACCUUAGUUCAUCUGUUUGCUGGAGGAUGUGGGGGCACGGUAGGAGCCAUAUUGACCUGUCCACUGGAAGUAGUGAAGACUCGUCUACAGUCAUCCACCAUCACCCUCUAUGUGUCUGAGGUCCAGCUCAGUACUGUCAACGGGGCAAGUGUUGCCCGCAUGUCCCCACCAGGCCCCCUGCACUGCCUCAAGUUGAUAUUGGAGAAAGAAGGACCUCGUUCUCUAUUCAGGGGCUUGGGACCAAACUUGGUGGGCGUGGCACCUUCCAGAGCUAUCUACUUUGCUGCGUACUCCACGGCCAAAGAGAGACUGAACGGAGUGUUCGAACCUGAUUCCACACAGGUACACAUGGUGUCGGCUGGAAUGGCAGGCUUCACGGCAAUCACGGCUACAAAUCCAAUAUGGCUCAUAAAGACCCGUCUGCAGCUGGAUGCAAGGAAUCGGGGUGAGCGAAGGAUGAGUGCGUUUGAGUGCGUGCGGCGUGUGUACCAGGCAGAUGGCCUGCGAGGCUUCUAUAGGGGUAUGUCCGCUUCCUACGCAGGUAUCUCAGAGACUGUGAUCCACUUUGUGAUCUAUGAAAACAUCAAACGGCGCCUCUUGGAGGCCAAGGCAACGCAGAACAUGGAGGAGGAGGAGGAGGCGUCGAGAGAUGCUUCAGACUUUGUCGGUAUGAUGCUCGCUGCUGCCACCUCCAAGACCUGUGCCACAUCUAUCGCUUAUCCUCAUGAAGUGAUCCGCACCAGGCUACGGGAGGAGGGCACCAAGUAUAACUCAUUCUUCCAGACUCUAAGAACAGUGCCCAAAGAGGAGGGCUACCGCGCCCUCUACCGCGGCCUCACCACCCACCUGGUACGACAGAUCCCCAACACCGCCAUCAUGAUGUGCACCUACGAGCUGGUGGUCUACCUCCUGAACGGUUAAAGUCCCCGCUGCCCGCCUUCUGAGACUGUAAAUGUUGCCCUGCCCUUGUUCGGAGACCGAAAAAAAAGAGAAUGAGAGUGCCGCAGCCAGCACGACAACCUGCUCAGCAGAAGAAGACCGAGACUGCUCCGUGACCUCCGUCUAAAGACGAGAGGGGUUGUUGAAACUAAGUUGGCAGUUUUGUUUUAAAACCAAAGGAUCUGACACGGAGAGGAGGAUUGAAAAAGUCCCUCUCUUUGGUUUGGGGAUCAGCAGUGGCACAGAAAUGGUUGCCCUAUUUCCAAUUUAAUUCCAUCCUUGUCUCCCUUGGGUUAUGUUUAUUUCUGCUUCUGGACGCUCUGAUUCAGAGCGCUGAAGACAGAACCGACGUUAACGUAUACUCUGCCUCUAACAAUACUAAUAAUUAGAGAGAAAUACAAUAAUUCCAGUUCUUAUAACCUAGGACUUAAGCGCCCCCCCCUCCCAGUCUGAGACUUCUCUUCCAUGCUGAAGAUCAGGUUUGAAAAUCUGUUAUUAGUAUCAUGCAGUAUUCCCUGCAUCCCUCUAGAGGACAAGAAGAGAUAGGAACAAGCCUAGGUAUCUGACGCAGCCUCUCAAGUUAGGGCGACGCGGUCAGUGCUGGAGGCUUGUUUAACGAGAAUGAAUGGAAGGGUGGCGAGGAAUGUGCCUUGUGUCCAAAAGUGAUGCAGACUAAGACGCACCACGCCUGCAGGAGGAGGAGCUCUGUGGAGAUGUAGAGUCGUACACUGGUACUGUGCACAUGCAGGCGCCCCCCCCGUAGUUAAUGUUUUGACAUAUCGAGAACAUAAACACACUCACCUUAAGGUCGUCAGCUGCCCGAGUAAGCGUCACGGUUUCCAUGCAACGCAGGAAUGUAAAUGCAUUAAUGAAAUCUACCAGAGUGAGAUCUGCUAAUGUUGUCUUUGCUAAAAUCAUCCUAACCCCCCCCCCCCCCCAAACAAAACCAGAAUAUAAUCCACCAUUUUGAACUACUGGAAUGUAUAUAAUGAAGAGGAGCCUCUGUGUAACACUGACCUAUGUUGUUGUGAACUGAAAGUAAAUAACACAUUUUAACAAACGAAGAGAUAUAUAUAAAAAAAUAUUCCUACAAAACGUGAUUGUGCUGCACUCGUCUGCCCUGUGACGGUGACAUGCAAACGUGUUGUGCAUCCUCUUUGAAAGAGUUCUUAAAGCACUUUUCUUUGUCUUUCUUUGACGUCCUCAUCUCGCCCCCCCCUCACUUUGAGAAUCCAGGCUAGUUUUACAGGCGAGGACAAUCCUCUUGAGUUUACUCUGGAAAUCAGACGGUGUGGAGGGAUUUUCCAGGAACAUGCUCUUCAUAGGUGCACACUAAUAAAAAUACAGACCAGUAAACUCAAAUGUGAUUCUUUGUUGAUCCCCCCCCCCCCCCCCCCCCCCCCCCCCCCCCGCCCCCUUGUUGUUAAAAAAAAAAAAAAAACUGCAUUUCAACAUGUUUGAAAACUAUUUGUUUCUUCACUCUUGGACGUCCUUGUCUUUGAAUAGAAAAGUCCUCGUUCUCUGUCAUGUUUCAAACGAGUACAAAAGACAAACAGUGUUCUGCUUUCACCUCAUUCAUCUUAGAAACUGCAGAAGUAACUUCUCUUCUGUUAUCAUGCCACACAGACACACACAGCGGGUUGAUGACCGUGUGCAAUGUCACCACAAACUGAAAACUUGACGGGCAUGGGCUAGACCCCCUUGCUUACACGAAUGACCAUCUCACAGCGUUUACUGCUGCUGCCGUCAUCAUGUGAUUCAUCUCACAUUGAUAACAAACACUUCACUGCUCAAUAGGCCGGUGCUGUGUGCAGAGCAGUAAGCAUGCUGAUGUUUGGGUCAGCUUAUCACGAGGCGCUGCAGAAGUAAACUUUGGCGCCCAAAACAGCCUUGGUUGCUUUCCUCCACUGGAAUGAUGAAGAAAUCCUGUGAACAAGUUGUCAGUCUGACAGCAGAUUGUGGGACGCUUUAGAUCAGCAGCAUGGUGUGAUGAUGAACUGUCAGAUGGAUUAUCUCUCACACACGGUACCAUCAGCAUCCUCUGCUUGUAGUGAGAGUUGAUGGUUCCUGACUGAUUGAAGGGUAAUUUCACCUCAAUAAACAAGAAGUACACAUCCUCUAUUUGGGUAUAACACCUUUGAACUUACAUGCAUCCUUCACUUGUAUCAUAUGAUGCACUCUUCUUUUCAUCCCCUGGUGAUUUGUUUGCAUUGUGUGCUGGUUAGCAUGUGUAAAUGUUUAACGUGUGCUUAAAUGACGGUCAUGUUGUCGUGUCCUGCGUGUAAGAGACCAUAAAAGUAUGAAUGCACUCAGAAUAGAAGAGUAGCUGCAAAUUGUUGAUCUUAUGUGUUGAAUGAGUUGUUGCCUUUUCCUGAUGCCCCCUUUGUUUUUUUUUGUUUUUUUUUCUCCAUGUCGUCAUCGAUGAGCCCGCUGUGAGCGGGACUUGGUCUAUGCAUUCUCUCAUACCUGUUUUUGUAAAACAAAAAGCUAAUAAAAUGGAAAGAGUGCAAGUGUU